UGAUUCACGGUUUGCCUCCGCCAGCUGGAGCUCCUACAGGGUGGGGAUUUGUGUCUGUCUUGUUCACCGUGAUCCCACACCUGCCACAGUGCCUGGCAUACAGUAGGUGCUUGAUAAAUGCGUGUUGCCUGAAAGAAAUAAUCAACUGGUUGCAGAAUGGGCUCUGAGCCCAAGUCAUGUGUCCAACCUUUUGACUCUGGAGCUGUGGCUUCGGCCACCAAGAGCAGCAGUAGAUCCUGGAAACCUGAGAACCCAGACUUCUUCUCUGCCAUGGGGGAUGAUCAGGAGGAUGAUUUUCCCAGGCAGCUCAGCGAGAGUAUGGAGGACCUCAGCCUGGAUUUGGGGGCCCUUCAGGGCAGCGAGUAUCUGCAGGACCUGAGCCUUGGGGCCCCUUCCCACAGCCAGCCUGGGGAGACCCCAGACAGUCGCCCCCCAGGUGAAGAACCGGGAAGGGAUUCUCUUUUCUCCAGCUUGGUGGGGUCCCAAGACCUGUCAAGGCGGCGCAGCUGGGAAAGGUCGCGGAGCUGCUCAGAGAGCUGGCGGAGGCUCAGCCUCGAUGCCUCAACUGUGGAGGAGGAACCCUGUCUCCCUCGAACACUGGCCAGCCUUGCUUUGAACCUGCCAGGAGGAGGGCUGAAGACCUGGACUCAAGGGUGUCUGUCUGGGGGCGGGACCCCCGCAGAGACCCCAGGCAAGGAAUGUGACAGCCCCAAGAAAAGAGUGAGGUCAAGGUCUGUUCCUGUGUCCUUCUAUGAGAUCCACUCUCCAGAAAUCUCUCCGGGUCUGGAAGUGCCCACUCCGCCUGUUCAAGGCCUGGAACCUCCAGUGCUGGAGUGCAUGGAAAAAGACCACGUGGAACCAGAUCACGUGCUGAUUGUCCAGCAGGUGCUUCAAGAACUUCGACAGUACCAUGGGGCCCGGCAGAGGGCUUGCACGUCAGCCAGCCCCGGAGGAGCCCACUCAAACCUGACCUGGUUUGAAUUCCUGUCGGAGAGCGAGGAUGGUGCUGGCAGGAACGAGAAGAGUGACAAGAGUACCAGUGUGAAGCGCAGGCUGAGCUGCCUCCGCAGUCGAGUGACCAGACAGAAGGAGAAGGGUAAGACCCCAGCACAUCUAAAGGACAAGGGCCAGGAUGCACGAGAGAAGCGGGAGUGUGUCAAUGGGCACCAGCUGGUGCAAGGGACCUUCUCCGGCCCCUCCAGCUGCCCCCUGUGUGGCAAACCCUUCUUGAGCUCAGCCUCGCUCAAGGAGCACCCCCGGGGCACCCUCCUGUCCGAUGGCAGCCCGGCCCUGUCCAGGAAUGUCGGUAUGACGGUCUCUCAGAAAGGGGGUCCCCAGCCAACACCGAGCCCGGCUGGCCCUGGGACGCAACUCGGACCAAUCACAGGAGAGAUGGAUGAAGCCGAUUCUGGGUUUUUUAAAUUUAAGCAGAUAGCUGAUGACUCUCUGUCCCUUACAUCUCCGAACACCGAGUCCAUUUUUGUAGAAGAUCCCUACGCCGCCUCACUGAGGAGUGAGAUUGAGUCAGACGGCCACGAGUUUGAAGCUGAGUCCUGGAGCCUCGCCGUGGACCCAGCCUACGCCAAGAAGCAAAAGAGGGAGGUGGUGAAAAGACAAGAUGUCCUUUAUGAGCUGAUGCAGACAGAGGUGCACCAUGUGCGGACACUCAAGAUCAUGCUGAAGGUGUACUCCAGGGCCCUGCAGGAGGAGCUGCAGUUCAGCAGCAAGGCCAUUGGCCGCCUCUUCCCAUGCGCUGAUGACCUGCUGGAGACGCACAGCCACUUCCUCGCUCGGCUCAAGGAGCGCCGCCAAGAGUCCCUGGAGGAGGGCAGUGACCGGAAUUAUGUCAUCCAGAAAAUCGGCGACCUCCUGGUUCAGCAGUUUUCAGGUGAAAAUGGGGAGAGAAUGAAAGAAAAGUACGGUGUGUUUUGUAGUGGCCACAAUGAAGCUGUUAGUCAUUAUAAGUUGCUGCUUCAGCAAAACAAGAAAUUUCAAAACUUGAUCAAGAAAAUUGGCAACUUCUCCAUCGUGCGGCGGCUUGGUGUGCAGGAGUGCAUUCUCCUGGUUACACAACGCAUAACCAAAUACCCAGUGCUGGUGGAGCGCAUCAUCCAGAACACGGAAGCUGGCACUGAGGACUAUGAAGACCUGACCCAGGCCUUGAACCUCAUCAAAGAUAUCAUCUCACAAGUGGACGCCAAGGUCAGUGAGUGUGAGAAGGGCCAGCGCCUCAGGGAGAUCGCAGGGAAGAUGGACCUGAAGUCCUCCAGCAAACUCAAGAACGGGCUCACCUUCCGCAAGGAAGACAUGCUUCAGCGGCAGCUUCACCUGGAGGGCAUGCUAUGCUGGAAGACCACAUCAGGGCGCUUGAAAGAUGUCCUGGCCGUCCUGCUGACCGAUGUACUUUUGCUGCUACAAGAAAAAGAUCAGAAAUACGUCUUUGCUUCUGUGGACUCAAAGCCACCCGUCAUCUCAUUACAAAAGCUCAUCGUGAGGGAAGUGGCCAACGAGGAGAAAGCGAUGUUUCUGAUCAGCGCCUCCUUGCAAGGGCCAGAGAUGUAUGAAAUCUACACGAGCUCCAAAGAGGACAGGAACGCCUGGAUGGCCCAUAUCCGAAGGGCUGUGGAGAGCUGCCCUGACGAGGAGGAGGGGCCCUUCAGCCUGCCCGAAGAGGAAAGGAAGGUGGUCGAGGCCCGCGCCACGAGACUCCGGGACUUUCAAGAGCGGUUGAGCAUGAAAGACCAGCUGAUCGCGCAGAGCCUCCUAGAGAAACAGCAGAUCUACUUGGAGAUGGCCGAGAUGGGCGGCCUCGAAGACCUGCCCCAGCCCCGAGGCCUAUUCCGUGGAGGAGACCCAUCCGAGACCCUGCGGGGGGAGCUAAUUCUCAAGUCAGCCAUGAGCGAGAUCGAGGGCAUCCAGAGCCUGAUCUGCAGGCGGCUGGGCAGCGCCAAUAGCCAGACGGAAGACGGAGGCAGCUCCACAGGCCCGCCCAGGAGGGCUGAGACCUUCGCGGGCUACGACUGCGCAAACAGCCCCACCAAGAAUGGCAGUUUCAAGAAGAAAGUCAGCAGCACCGACCCCAGGCCCCGAGACUGGCGAGGCCCCCCAAACAGCCCGGACUCGAAGCUCAGUGACAGUGACAUUCCUGGGGGCUCCGAGGAAUCGCCGCAGGUGGUGGAGGCGCCAGGCACGGAAUCUGAUCCCCGUCUGCCCACAGUCCUGGAGUCGGAGCUUGUCCAGCGGAUCCAGACACUGUCCCAGCUGCUCCUGAACCUUCAGGCGGUAAUCGCCCACCAGGACAGCUAUGUAGAGACGCAGCGGGCUGCCAUCCAGGAGCGCGAGAAGCAGUUCCGGCUGCAGUCGACGCGUGGGAACCUGCUGCUGGAGCAGGAGCGGCAACGCAACUUCGAGAAGCAGCGGGAGGAGCGCGCGGCCGUGGAGAAGCUGCAGAGCCAGCUGCGGCAGGAGCAGCAGCGCUGGGAGCGCGAGCGACAGCGGCAGCAACAGGAGCUGGAGCGUGCGGGCGCGCGGCUGCAGGAGCGCGAGGGCGAGGCGCGGCAGCUACGCGAGCGGCUGGAGCAGGAGCGGGCCGAGCUGGAGCGCCAGCGCCAGGCCUACCAGCACGACCUGGAGCGGCUGCGCGAGGCCCAGCGUGCCGUGGAGCGCGAGCGGGAGCGCCUGGAGCUGCUGCGCCGCCUCAAGAAGCAGAACACCGCGCCAGGCGCGCUGCCGCCCGACACACUGGCCGAGGCCCAGCCCCCAAGCCACCCUCCCAGCUUCAACGGGGAAGGGCUGGAGGGGCCUCGGGUGAGCAUGCUGCUGUCUGGCGUGGGGCCAGAGUACGCAGAGCGCCCCGAGGUGGCUCGCCGGGACAGCGCCCCCACCGAGAGCCGGCUGGCCAAGAGCGAUGUGCCCAUCCAGCUGCUCAGCGCCACCAACCAGUUCCAGAGGCAGGCGGCCGUGCAGCAGCAGAUCCCCACCAAGCUGGCGGCCUCCACCAAGGGUGGCAAGGACAAGGGUGGCAAGAGCAGGGGCUCUCAGCGCUGGGAGAGCUCAGCGUCCUUCGACCUGAAGCAGCAGCUGCUGCUCAACAAGCUCAUGGGGAAAGAUGAGAGCACCUCACGGAACCGCCGCUCGCUGAGCCCUAUCCUGCCCGGCGGACACAGCCCUGUACCCCCACCAGACCCUGGCUUCCCCGCCCCGAGCCCACCGCCAGCCCCCUCCGAGGGCUUCUCUCUCAAGGCUGGGGGCACAGCCCUCCUGCCCGGGCCCCCAGCUCCCUCACCACUGCCGGCCACACCACUCAGCGCCAAGGAGGACGCCAGCAAAGAAGACGUCAUCUUCUUCUAAAAGGGCCGUGACUCAAGGAAAGUUUUUAAUGGAAAGUUGAGCCAGAACUAAACCAGGGAGCUGUCUGAAAUCAUAGCACCCCAUCCGGGUGGCGGGGAGAUCAACUCCGAGCUGUUUUUCCGAGGCAGUGAGGAACGGUGCCGGCUGUGCACGGAGCUGAGGACAGGACAGACCUUGCUUUGAGAAGGAGCUGCCGGCCGGGGCCACGCUCCACAGCCACUGCACGACAGUGGAGCCAAGGGUUAGGGCACCAGGAGGGGCCAGGUGGCGUCGGCAGCAUCUGUCCCCAGAGUCAGGCAGAAUCCAUGUCCCAAACAGCCCCACGCAGGUUCACCAUGAACCUCAGGGCCAGGGAAUGAGCCAGGCACGGGGGCAUGGGCAGAGAGGGCCACGGGGCAGGGCCCACUGAGGGAACAUCAGUACCCUCCAGUCAGGUUCUGUGGGUUUGGAAGCCCAUUGUGAAAGGGGCUGACCUUUGCCCCUUUUUACUUGGCAUUGGUUUUGAAACCAGCUAUUUCCCAAACUGCUUCCCGAGGGCACCCAUUGCUGUUCACACGCUCAGCCUGUCUGGGGGACUGGGCCUCUAGCUUCAGCCAGGGUGGGUACACACCCCGGGCACAGGGUCCUCAGCCCCUGGGAAAUGAGCUCCCGGGGCUGGCGUCCCACCUUCCAGGCGGGGGCUGGCACAUCACAGACUGUCAAGAGCGCCAUGUCCCACGGCAUGCAGAGGAAGCACCUAGAGACGUUGCAGCAAGUGGACAAGUGGCCGCUGUGCGGGCUCCUCGCUUGUAGUGAGCUGUUGCAGUUCAUGGUCCCUCCCCGGGAGGAGUGGAGGAAGGAGGUGUUGGGUAGUGUCAAAGGUGCUGGGACAUCCCAGGGUGGUGAGAUCCAUCCAUGAUCCGGCUCCGGUGGAGAAAGGGCACAUUUCAAGCCUUGUUCUGCACCCCAAGCAUUGGUGGCAGGACUGGGUCCUGGCUGAUCGUCCUUGUUCCCAGUGGGGUACACGUGAGCCCCUGCCAGGGCCAAGUCCUUCUCCCGAACCCAGGGUCCUGGGAACCACAGAUCCUGGGGGGAUUCAGCCCUUCUCCCACUGUGCUGGCAGAGGCAGUCCUGUGAUGCUGAAUACAGUGAAUAGGGACAUUCCCGCCACUUGGGGACAGAUGGGCACAGGGGAGGGGAAACUCCGUCAGGAAGUGCUCCCCUGGGCAGAGGCGCCCACUGGGUUCCGUGGGCUUAGGAGGGGGCGGGGCAGGAGCUGGUGCCAACUGGGAACCAGAGCCCCACAGCCAUACAGCCCGUCGGUGACAAGGUCCUGAGAACACAGUGAGUGGCCGGGUGUCCCCAGGCUCCUGGCCCCUCCGACGACCUCAACUCUACCCAGCCCAGUCCUUGGCCAUCAGUGACACCCUCCACCCCCGUCAGAUCCCAUGUGUGCCAUGUUUAUCAUCAGUGUUUUGUAUUUUUGUACUGAGUAUCCGAGCACUUUACAAAAGCUGACUGUGCGUUCCUGUUCUGUUGUGAAGAGAACAUUCCCAGACCCUGGCACCCUCCUGAGCCGGCGUGCGCCAGUCCAGCCCUCCCAGAUGCCACAGUUCCUUGGAUGGGGGAGAAGUUCAAGGAAUUUCUGCUCGGCCACGCGGUGGGAAGCCCGCGUCCCCACCACGUGGCUGAGGGGUCUCCGUCGUGCUAGGCAUCGGGCGGCGGCGCCGACAGCCCUUCCUUCACCAGUGACCCUCGGCCACUCCUGGGUUGGAGCCCGAUUUUAUUUGUAAAGUUGACAGGCAAGCAAACGUUCGUAUUUUCGUGGGAUCUGCACACGUCUUUGUCAGUCGUGGCCAUGAUCUUAGUCACCUGCUAAUUAUUUUUACAAUGAUUACAACGUUUCCUCACCGCGGGAUAUUUCUGACCCGCUUUAGAACUUAAGACCCGAUUCUAGCAAUAAACGUGUCCAAGAUGA